AUCAAGAACAUCUAUUGGACCACUACAGCUCUGUGCCCGAACAUGUCAUCUCACUGGUGAAAGUGAUCAUGAAGCGGUUCCUGCUGUUGAGGCUGCACGAAUUGUCCCGGAAGAUAACAGAGAAAUCCCAGAAGGCCUACAUCAUGAGCAAGCUGACAAAGCAAGUGCUCUUCAUGAACCAAACCGAACAGGCUAUCAAACAGGACGUCCGCCUGGCAGCAAAAAACGUACCUGGCCCUUUUGCAGCAACGUGCGACUCCACAACAAUAUCCGAGGCCAACAUUGACUGCUACAAAAGAUUUGAAAAGGAACACGGUGGCCUUCCCCGAAAACCAAAUGAUCCAAUUGAGCCAACUGGGAAUAUAAGAUUACUCUGUUGUAUGUUAAAAUACAACAAGUAUUGCGUUCCUAAACUCCUAGAAGACAAAGGAUGCCACCCCGCUGCUGCUCUACAAUCUGCGACGGAGAUAGAGACAAGAUUGGAAAGUUGUCCAACACCCAACCCGAUAUGCGUCCCUCCACCACAGUGCAAGCGAAGCUUACCCGACGCCAAAUUAAUUUGCGAGUACAGAUAUAAAAAGGAACAUGGAACCAUAGCUCCAAAGCGUCGUGCAGACCUGCAACCGAGAGAUCAGGGCCGAGACAAGGUGUACAAAAAACGUUGCUGUCUAAUGCAAUACAACAAGGAUUGUGUUCCGAAAAUACUCCAAGAAGAGUUCGUAUGUAGUGAUCCAGAUUUUCUUGAGAUGUUCUUCGAGCAAAUACGAACUGAGUGUGGAACAUCCAAGUUGGACUGUACAGGCGUCCCUGCACCACAGUGCGAUGACGAACAACUAUCCAACGCGAGGAAAAUUUGCGAUUACAAAUAUGCGGAUGAGCACGGAACCAUAGCUCCAAAACGUCGUGCAGCCCUAAAACCUAGGGAUCUGAGCCCUGCUGAGGUGCACAGACUACAAUGCUGUCAAAUGGAAUACAACAAGGUUUGUGUUCCACGAAUUCUCAAACUUGACGGAUGCAGCGAUCCAGAUUUUAUUGAGAUCUUCCUCGAGCAAGUACGCGAUGAAUGUGGAACUUCCAAGUGGAACUGUGGGACUGCACCGAAGUGCAACGAGAAAACAGUGACCGACGCCGACACUGAGUGCGGCACAAAAUACACGCAGGAGCACGACGCUAGUACUCUAAAACCCAAUGAAGACAAGAGCAACGAGAUGCGCAAGCAACAGUGCUGUUCCAUGGAAUACAGCAAGCACUGUGUUCCCGAAGUGCUAAAAAGGAAAGGAUGCAGUGAUGAGAUUGCUGCGUCUUUCAUUGCACAGAGGAAGAAGCUGAUGGUGGUAAUGUGUGGAACGUCGAUGGGGCACUGUGAUUUCUACAAGAGCAAGAGCACUGGCCAUAUAAUACAUCCCAUAUGGACUUCGUCAACAUUAAUCUUUGUGAUGUCGGUGGGAACAAGCGGCUUUUACGGCCGGUUAUGAUAUCUGCAGGGUUAACUUACCAUUAUAAAUGAUCAUUAUCAGUUUUAUUUUCUUGAUAUUUUCAAUAGUUAAGCAUCGAGGCACAACGACAGGCAAUAAAUAGGUGCUAUGCGGCAAUGCCUUCCUUCUCACUCAUGGGGUGUUGGGAACUUCUUCCCAUUAUUUAUCUUCUUUUUUUUUUUAGGGGAGGGGGAUGUGCAAUGUCUAACGAUCAUUGUUAUCGAAAAUAUACAUGACUGACGUUCGGGAAACGCACGUGGUCUAACGACGUGGCUCCAAGAUCUGGGAAACACAUCGCUGCGGCAAAGGCAGGGCGGGAAAGGUAAUAGAUUAAAGGAUUCUUUGCAUACAGUGAUAUACUCAUGACUAUACACCCUGUGAGCACCCU